GUUUCAUACACGUAGACUAGUUUGAAUCGCUGGACAUAAAGUCUUUCUGAUUCAUAUAUUUUUCAGUUUCCUAUUUAGAUACUGAAUUUUUCAGAUUUUUCACUUAGUACAGAGAAAACCAACCGAUUGCACCAUGGCUCCACCUAAGAAAACUGUGAAGAUGGACUUGGGCUCCUUCUUGGCCGAUGACUCGCUCGGCGGAGGUUCCUGGGCCGACGAGGAAGUAGACAUGUCUUCCAUUGCUGUUGCUUCUGCCAACGCUGCUCCAGCACGUGAGCUGUUUGGCUCGAGCUCUGGAUUUGGCAGAGAUUCCGGCUUCGGUAGAGAAGGAGGUUUCGGAGAGGGAGGUUUUGACGAAAGAAGAGAGAGAAAGGAGUUCCCCAUUCCUGACCAACCACCUUACCGUGCCAGAGUAGGCAAUUUACCUUGGGAAUUGACUGAAGAUGAUGUGGUCAGACAUUUUGAAGACAGAAUGCAAGCCGAAGAUAUCAUCUCCGAAGUGAAGUUACCUCAAGAUAGAGACACUGGUAGAUUGAAGGGAUUUGCCUUUGUCACUUUCAAUGAGAGAGACGCUUUGGAAGAUGCUUUGCAAUUGAAUUUGUCCGAUUUUAACGGCAGAAAGAUCUUUGUCAAUGUCGCUGCUCCACAGAGAGACUUCGAUGGUGAGUGGAAGAGAGGUUCCGGAGUCGGAGGUGGAAGAACCGGAGAAGACGAACCGGAAUUGGACUGGGGUUCGGCCAGAAACACCAGAGCAUCUUUACCUCCUAGAGAAAGAUCAGACAGAGGAGACAGACCCGACAGAGGAGACAGACCAGAAAGAACUCCCAGAAAAGAAGAACCAGAUCUCGACUGGGGUUCGGCCAGACACUCUCAGGCUACCUUACCUCCAAGAGAAAGAUCUAACCUCGAAAGACCCAAAAAGGAAGAACCAGAAUUGGACUGGGGCUCCGCCAGAACUACCCACGCCACUUUACCACCCAGAGAAAGAUCCAAUAGAGACCGUGGUGACAGACCUGAAAGAGGCGACAGACCUGAGAGAGGUGAAAGACCACAAAGAAAGCAAGAGCCCGAGUUCGACUGGGGUUCGGCCAGAAGUGGAGCUGGAGGUUUGCCUCCAAGGGAAAAGUCGUUCAGAUCCGACCGUCCUAAGAAGCAAGAGCCAUCCUUGGACUGGAAGAGAGGUCAAGCCUUGCCUGCUAAGACCAAAGCCAGCUCCACCGGUGGAAGCAAGCAACAGAAGAAAGACGAUAAGAAGGAAGAACCAAAGCCUCAAAAGUCGUCCUUCAGCGUGUUGGCUGUUGAGGGAGAUUCGGACGAAGAAGAAAAGGACGAAGAACCAGUUUCCCAGCCAACGGAGGAAGCUUCCACUGAAACUGGUUUGGAAUCUGCCACAGCCAACUUGUCCGUUCAAGAAACAAAGGACAGCGAGGGCUGGGAAGUUGUUGGCAAGUAA